AGGAAUAUAAAAGACCUAUAAAAUAUUUGAAAACAGAUUAGUUUAAAUUCAGCUAUCCAGCCAUGAUAACAUCCUUGGAAACAGUACUUGUAGCCUUGUUACUAGCAGUCAUUGACCUGCCAGCAUGCAAGAGCGGGUCUGAACAGAGUUUAGAUUCUCUGUUACGAGAUGGCGACAAAUCUCAGUUGCGUGAAGUUCCGCCUUCUGCCGAGAGAGGUCCUCCGCCUGGCUCACAGUUCGUGCCUAUCCCUACAGUGCCGCUACCAAGCGGUGCCAUGCGCCGACCUCACCCUUCCAGACGACCGUCGGAUCUACCUCCACCACCGCCUCCAACGUCGUCAACAGCGCCCCCACUCCCACCAGAAACUCUGGUCAUUACAGAGGAUAUAGACCUGCUUCAUUCACCACGAACACGCCCCAAACGCCCGAGACCUACAUUUUUUACCACAUCGACAGAAGGGUCCGGGGUGAAAGUCCCACUAAUACACUCCGAGGACUACAGGAACAUCGACGGGAGCUACACAUUUGAGUUUGAGGCGGCGAAUUCGAUAGUGCAGCGAGAGACAGGUUACACUCGUCGUAGUAACGGAAAAGAUAUCCUCGUCAAGAAGGGCUUCUACCGGUUUGUGAGCCCUGAGGGACUGCUCUUCCGGGUGGACUACCAAGCCGACGAGAAAGGCUUCAGGGCUACCGGAAAACAUCUGCCGACAUCCAACACUAGUACGAACAAAAGAUAGUUCAAAGGCAACUCUUGUUGGAAUUACGUUGUGGACGUUUAAAAUCAGACUUCAGAGUAAAUGUUAAUUUGAUAAUAAAUGAAAUAUAUAAAUAAAUAAAAUGUGAAUAAAUUAUCUCGCCAU